GUCACGACCAGGACGCCGUCGACGCCGCGAACUUGGAUUACCAGUGCAGUGCGCGUCCACGGAGGAGCAGUGCUUCGCAGUGCAGUGACCGCCACGACGACGACGGCGAGGCCGGAAGCAUGCACAGGCCAAGCAGUGUGGGGGCAAGGCAGUCUGCGGGGUCCCUCCGCGGGGCGCCCCGAUCCAGGCCCUUUUGCAUGCCGGCCCGCCGGCCGCCGCGCCACCGCCUCGCAGAGCUCGCAGCACUAGCCUCGGCACUAGCCCUGACAUAAGGCAUUGCAUCACGAGGACAGACCUACGCCCUGCUGCACGGCCCUGUAGGCAUGUUCCUGACGCUGCUGCCGCCCUUGGCGCUGCUGCUGGGGCCGUGGGGGCCGUGGGGGCGGCCCGUGCUGGCGCUGGGGGCGGUGGUGCCGCCGUCCUGGGCCGACCCCCGGCACAACCCCUGCGCGGCGCAGCCCGGCGGCUGGCAGCUGCUGCUGUGGCCCGGCGACGGCCGCUGCUACCGCAUCUUCCGCCGCGGCCACCCCUGCCCGCCGCACAUGGAGCUCACCCCCGGCGUGGGGCCGGGCGGCGCGCCGGGCUGCAGGUGCCCGCCCGGCACCGCCGUGCUGGCCUCCGCCACGACGGCCAGCACCGCCAGCAACGCGACGGGCACGUGCUACCCGCUGCUGGAGCAGGGGCCGUGCCCGCGCGGCCAGUACCUCGCGCCCGUCCCCGCGCCGCCGGACUCGGACAACAGAGUGCCGCACCUGCUCGCGGCGUGCCGCGCCCCCGACGCCUGCCCGCCCGGCCACGUGUUCUGGGCGCGCGACGGGCGCUGCUACCCGCAGCUGACGCGGGGGCCGUGCUACCGCGGCGAGCUGCUGGUGGCGGGCCGCGGCCACGGCGGCACGCCGACGACGUCCUCGGCCACGGCCUCGACGGCCACCCCGCUGGGCGUCUGCCGGUGCGAGUCGCGCGGCGAGCUGGGCCGGUACUUCUCGCCCCUGACCAAGACGUGCCACGAGCACUACACGCCGGGGCCCUGCCAGGAGAAGGGGCUCAUCUUCCUGCCGCCCAGUGCGGCCACUUCGGCCACUUCCAGUGGCGUGGCCGGCGCGCCGCGGUGCGGCUGCAGCGCCGACCUGCCGCACUACCACCCCGCCACGGGCCAGUGCUUCCAGAUCGACACGAUCGGGCCGUGCCCGGCUGGGCAGCGCUUCACGACGCCGGGCAAGCGGUCGGGCCGGUCGGGGCGGCCGGGGCGCGCGCAGUGCCGCUGCAAGGGCGGCCACGUGCCCUGGCCGCGCCCCGAGGCCGUGGACGCGGCCGUGGACGCGGCCGUCGAGGCCCAGACGGCGCAGGCGCUGACGGCGUGCUACCGGCCCUGGACGCGCGGGCCGUGCCCCCAGGGCCAGCUCCUGUCCGACGCCUCGCAGUGCGUGGCCGCGCCCUGCCGCCCCGGCCGCCUCUACUUCCCCGACGACGCGGGCUGCUACAAGGUGGGCGUGCGCGGGCCGUGCCCCAAGGGGCAGGUCGUGCUGUUCGAGACCGCCGUCCGCCCCGCGCUCGAGGGCAUCUCCUACCGCGGCAUGUGCGGCUGCACCGGGCCCGCCGCCAAGUCCAGAUUUGCCUCCAACAACAUCCCUGGAAAAUCCAUGGAGGACAACAGGUGUGGUGGAAACAGCCCACCCACUGGUGGCGCAGCAGAAGACAAGGACAUGGCAGGGGUGAAGCGCAGUGCCAUCGCGCCCAGGACCGAGCCAGACUGUGAAUCCAAGUCCGGUGCCAUAGUGUUCAACGGGAAGUGCUACUCGCUCUACUCGCAGGGGCCCUGCCCCCUCGGCCAGUGGCUGGUCCCGCAGAGGAGAGGGCGAGAGGGGAGGACACUGACUGAUUCAAAUCCAAAUUUGGAGCUGUGGACCGACCCGGAAGCUCGGCCUAGAGCUCGAGCUAAGUGCGACUGCCGGCCGGGCCACAAGCCAGUGUGGGUCCCACAGCCCAGCCCCAGUGGGAAGAGCGACAACUCUACGUCAGUGCUGGAGUGCCAACCACCCACCGUAGUGCUGGCCUCUUUCCUCAACGCAAGAGGUUUCGUGACAGUGUAGGAACAUCUUUGUCCACUGCGUACUUAGGAAUGGAAAUUCUUCCAGUGCCCUACGUUUCUUUAAGCGUACACACUCUGUGAUCAGCAUCAAGCACAUUACCAUUGUAGAAUAGAAUGCUAAAUGUGAUGAUACAUUACUGUCUACAGUAAUGGAAGAGUAUUACAUAUUGUAAUAGAACAAAUUAAAGAUAAGGGGAAAAAACUCGUUAAAUUGAUUGCUUGGGUGAAAAAUUCUACAAAGUUAGAAUGAAACUUUCACUUGAGUGACGAUAUGAGUUCUUUCCUCUUUGAAACUGCUUAAUGGGGUCAGCAAAAAUUCACUUUAAUUUUUUUAUCAAAUGAGAUGAACCAAUUUCAAGAAUCAUUUGGUCAUUGUGUAUUUGUUGAGCUUUUGGACCCCAAAGCAGUGCCACAAGUCAUGUGCCAAAAAGCAUCAUGAAAGUUCAUAAACUACUUUUGUGUGACAGCCUAGUCAGAAAGAUAAAGUUCAGACUAUCAUAAAGCUCUAGAGAUUAGGAGCUGAGGAAAAUCAAAAAUUCUUGUAAGACUUCUAUAGACUAACCCAACUCAAAAAUAUUUGUUAAGACUCACUCGGCAGCAAAGUGUAGGUCGUUGAUGGCCUUCUCCAACUGCUUGAUCCUGCUAUCCCGCUCACGUAUGUCGUCACUCAACAUUUGGACUUGCUCUGCUCGUUCAUCAGCUGUUCGCUACAAAAUAAAUCAAAAAUACAAUUUA